CCCACUGGCCCCUGGUUGCCCUGCUGAUAGAGCCAUGCAGGGGGCUGAGACAGGAAGGCGGCUGGUGAGAUUCCAGCAUUGCCAGCAGGUCAUCUACAGCUUCAGUCUGCCCCCACGUUGCCCCCUCUGCGGGGAGGACCUGGGUGCCCGGAGACUGGAGGAGGCAGCCCUGAGCAUCGCCAGCCCCCUCACCAACGGGCAUCAGGAGAAAUGCUCUUUCCUCCUCAGGCCGACACAAGGGACUUUCCUUAGGGAUUAUGAUGGGCAGUCCGACCUUCAUGUGGGCAUCAGCAAUACACAUGGGAUUGUGUACAACUAUACAGCAUAUGGUAUGCAGCGGGACCAAGUGGGCUGGGAGCAGAGUGUGAGUGUCCCCUUACUGCCGCCUGGCAUGUUGGCAUUGCUGGACCAGUGGGACAAGUACCUGGAAGACUUCUCUGCUGAUGAUGCUUGGCUGCCUCACAGGUAUGAAGAAAACCUGCACAACUGCUCCACCUUCGCGCUGGCCUUCAUCAAUGGGGUCCUGAGGGUCGAGGGCCUGGGGCCACUGGACAAGUGUGAGUUCACAGAGAAAUUCGUGCUCCCGAGGACCAGGCUGACCUCCAAGUACAUUGCCCUGUACCGUGCGGUGGAGGUGAGAGGCUUCCAUGCCACAGCGGCCAACCCUGCUGCUUGCUGAGCUGCUGG